AUGGCUACGAAGAACCUCAACGUCUUCGUGACGACCUUCCCCGGCCUCGGCCUCCCUACGACACUAUCUCUGCCACUUCCUCCAACCACCACCACAUCAGACCUUUGCGAAUGCAUCGAGUCAAGACUACCGCGCGCGGACACGAGAGUCAUAGUGACCACAAUAUCGAAUAAACAACUAUCUCCCCGUUCACGCGAGCCCAUCUCCGGUCUUUGCAACCCCAACGAUGACUUCCUCUCGCUGCGCCUGUCCCUACCACUUUGCGGUGGCAAGGGUGGUUUCGGAUCCCAACUCCGAGCCGCCGGUGGUCGCAUGUCAUCCAAAAAGAAGCGCAACCAGGGCGACGAGAAUGCCUCCAGUAGAAACCUCGAUGGACGCCGACUAAGGACAGUCAACGAGGCCAAGGCGUUGGCCGAGUACCUGGCCAUCAAGCCGGAGAUGGAGCAGAAAGAAAAGGAUAAGCGACGCGAGCGAUGGCAACAGAUUAUCAAUGCCUCCGAGGAGAAGGAACACGAGAUCAAGAACAGCACAAAAGGACGGCUGGACGGCAAGUGGGUCGAAGAUAAGGAAGAGGCGGGUGAGCGGACACGCGAAGCGGUUAUGGCCGCCAUCAAGGCUGGCAACUACAAGGACAACCUACUUGGCACGUCGCACGGCUCGACCUCGUCAGAGGCUAUGGAGGAGGAUUCUGCAAGUGGAGAGGAAGAGGAGGCUGCAAAGUCAGGAAGCUCGAAGGCUCCAACGCCGCCGACCAAGUCAUCAUCCAAGAAACCGCCAACGCGAGCGUUCGCAGGCUUCGACGAAGAUGACGAAUUCAUGAGCUCCUCCGAUGAAGACGAGGAAUGA